AUGUCACUUCUUGACGAGCCGGUCCCAGAUGAUGCCCUCAUGCGUGAUCGCACGCGUGUCUUCGAGGAGUUCCUCGACGCCAACACGGAGCUCUACAACUACGGGGACGACAUCGCACGCAUGCUGAGGCAGGACCAGCGGCGGCUCGUCGUCAAUAUCGACGACCUGCGCGACUACAAGCGUGAGUUUGCGGACGGGCUGCUCAAGCGACCCGUCGACUUCCUCCCCGCGUUUGACGAGGCACUCGCGAACAUCGUCCAGCGCGUGCACGACACCGACAAGCACGACGUUUCCGGCCGCGAAUACCGCGUCGGGCUCAGCGGCUCGUUUGGCGACCACCAUGUCAGCCCGCGCACGCUACGCGCGGCACAGCUCGGCAAGAUGAUUUCGCUCGAGGGCAUCGUCACCCGCUGCUCGCUCGUGCGCCCGAAGAUGCUCAAGUCGGUGCACUACUGCCCCGAGACGCGCCUCUUUCAUGCGCGGGAGUACCGCGAUGCGACGUCGUCAACGUCGAAUCUCCCACCGACCUCGUCCGUGACGCCACAGCAGGACGACGAGGGCCACCCGCUGCAGACGGAGUUCGGCCACUGUGUCUUCCGCGACCAUCAACGAAUUAGUAUACAGGAGAUGCCGGAACGUGCCCCCGCAGGACAGCUACCACGGAGUACAGAUGUUAUCCUGGAUGAUGACCUCGUCGACAAGUGCAAACCGGGUGACCGUAUCCAACUGGUCGGUGUAUACCGCAGUGUCGGAGGUGGUGCUGGAGGCGCGUUCAAGUCGCUGAUCCUCGCCAACAACAUCAAUCUUCUCUCUUCGAAAAUUGGCGGCGGUAUCGCACAAACACAACUAACAGACUCUGAUAUACGCAUGAUCAACCAGCUCUCAAAACGUUCCGACAUUACACAGCUCCUCUCACAGUCCCUCGCACCCUCCAUUUUUGGCCACCGUCAGAUCAAACAAGCUCUUCUGUUGCUUCUUCUAGGCGGCGCGGAGAAGAAUUUGCCCAAUGGCACCCACAUUCGAGGCGACAUCAACCUGCUCAUGGUAGGCGACCCAUCUACUGCCAAAUCACAGAUCCUGCGCUUCGUACUUGGCACCGCACCACUAGCCAUUGCUACGACUGGGCGUGGUAGCUCAGGCGUCGGUUUGACGGCGGCGGUCACGACAGACAAGGAUACUGGCGAGCGAAGACUGGAGGCGGGUGCAAUGGUGCUCGCAGAUCGCGGCGUGGUUUGUAUCGAUGAGUUUGACAAGAUGUCGGACAUUGAUAGGGUCGCAAUCCACGAAGUCAUGGAGCAGCAGACUGUCACCAUCGCCAAAGCAGGUAUCCAUACGACGCUGAACGCCCGUUGUAGUGUAGUCGCUGCUGCAAAUCCGAUCUAUGGCCAGUACGACGUGCACAAAGACCCUCACAAAAAUAUCGCACUUCCAGAUUCCCUCCUCUCUCGUUUUGAUCUGCUCUUUGUUGUAACAGAUGACGUUGAUGAAAACCGCGACCGUCUCAUCGCAGAUCACGUCUUGCGCAUGCAUCGCUACCUUCCACCAGGCGUCGAAGAGGGGACGCCAGUCGCGGAUAGCCUAGGGCAGAACCUCACCAUCGAAGGACCAGGUGCCGCGCAGCCGGAGGCAGACGAAGGAGAGCCCAGUCCCUUUGAAAAGUACGACCCGCUCCUGCAUAUUGGCAUCGGGCAGGAACCUGGGAUGUCCACCAGACGCACGCGGGCGGCGAAGAAGAAAAAUGAGGUGCUGAGCAUUGCAUUCGUCAAGAAGUACAUUCAAUACGCGAAGAACAAGCCUGCGCCUGUGCUGACGCAGGGCGCUGCAAAUUGGAUUGUCACCGUAUAUGCUAAUCUCCGGUCAGAAGACCCGGAGGGCAACAAGAAGAGGACGUCGCCGCUGACUGCACGUACGUUGGAAACUCUCAUUCGUCUAGCCACAGCACAAGCCAAGGCACGCCUAUCGCCGAAAGUGAUGGAGCAGGACGCGAUGGUUGCUGAAGAGCUCCUGCGAUUUGCGCUAUACAGGGAAGUGCUGAAGCGCAAGCGACGUACGAAGCGUCGACUGAACAACGGCAAAUCUGCCCGAAGAGGCAGCAAUGACAGCGAGGAGUCUUCAGGUGACGAGGAUGAUGACGAAGAAGAUGAGGAGACAGGUCCUCAGUCCCCCAGCCGAAUGGAGGAGCCACAGCAAGCGAAGGGCAAAGAAAAAGCGGUUCCUGAUCAUCAGAACGCGGACCCCGUCUGGGGAGAAGACAGUCAGGAUAUUCAGAUGCAAGAACCAGCGCCUGCAGGAAUAACAGAGGAUGGACGCAUACGACCGGAGCGACUCAAAUUAUUCCGCACGCGGCUUGCCAACCUCUUCGCUACGACAUUGCAAGACGGCGAACAGUUCAUGUUUACCGAUCUUCUGGAACUGAUCAACCAAGGUCUUCCCACCGAACAGCUGUUUGGUACAGCCGAAGCGACCAUAGCUUGUGAAGUCAUGGGAGAAGCUGAAGAGCUAAUGCUCAGUGGGGGUGUCGUGUACAAAAUCUAGUCUGUCGUUCGUGUUUUCGUCUUGCUUUUGUUCUGAUGCUGCGCAAUUCUGUAAUC